AUGGAUCCGAACGCAGUAAAGUCUACUUUGUCAAAUCUUGCCUUUGGAAACGUAAUGGCUGCAGCUGCCCGUGAUUAUCAGAAGGAAUUGCUUGCACAAGAGAAGGCGCAGGCAUCAAGUUCUUCUAACCAGGAGGCUGACCUUGAUGAUUUAAUAGAUGAUCCUGAGUUGGAAAAAUUGCAUGCAGAUAGGAUUGCAGCUCUAAAGAAAGAAUCAGAGAAACGGCAGGAAUGGAAGAAGGAAGGUCAUGGGGAGUACAGAGAGAUAACUGAAGGGGAUUUCUUAGCUGAAGUCACCAGAAGUGAAAAAGUGAUUUGUCAUUUCUACCAUAAGGAGUUCUAUCGGUGCAAGAUAAUGGAUAAGCAUUUAAAGUCCCUUUCACCAAAGCAUAUAGAUACGAAGUUCAUCAAGCUUGAUGCAGAGCAUGCACCAUUCUUUGUCGCAAAACUGGCAAUAAAGACUUUGCCUUGUGUCAUACUGUUCAGGCAAGGCAUUGCGGUGGAUAGAUUGGUAGGAUUUCAAGAUUUGGGAGGGAAAGAUGAUUUUUCCACAGGAACACUGGAAGCUCUGCUCAUAAAGAAGGGCAUAAUUGAUGAGAAGAAAGAUGACGAUGAUGAAAAUGAUGGAUAUGAUGAAAAUACACGCAGAAUGGUCAGAUCAUCGGUCGUUGCUGAUUCAGAUUCUGAUCAAAUAAAUAUCCACUAA